ACUCGCCGGCCGGGGACCUGAACGCACGGCCACGAUCUGCUCGCGCUUAUUCUCUCGCCCAAAUGCCAUUGUUCUGGCGUGUGUACUUUCAGUAAGAUAGAGGGAAAGAAAGAGGCUCAUUUCAAUAAUUCCGAUUGCGGCGAAAAAAAAUUAUGAUUGAUGACGAGACGAGUCGGCAGGACGUGCAGUUUUGUGUAUUUUUGUGAAAUCAUCAUAUCUCGGAAGAAGUAGAAGAAGGAUUUAAUUUCACCCCGCCAAACAAAAAGAAUGCUCGAGGAGGAAAAAAAGAGCGGGGAAAUGCCCGAGCCCGUGUUGCCGGCCGCGUCGUCGUCGCUGACGGAUGAGACGGUUGAGCAGUCGUUCGGUCUGAUGGAGCCGGCUUCGCAAAAAGACGACAGUCUGCAGGCGUCGCAGUUCAACGCGGCGGCCGCCGUCAUCGCCCUGCAGAACGUCCUCAACCUGCAAACGGCCGCGGCCAUGAUGCAGCACCAACGCUCGGGCUCCUUCCAGCAAACCCUUGAAUCCUUCCUCGCCCUGCAGCGCCUGCAGCAGGCCAUGACGACGGUGCCCGAGGCGGCCGCCGACCCGGCCGCUGACCUCGCCGAGCCCGACGACCUCAUCCUCAACAACAACAACCUGCCGCUGUACCCGUUGCUCAUGAACGUCCUCUUGCAACAACAGCAAAACCUACUGGCCUCGGCUGGCGGGGUCGAGGCGGCAGUGGCUGCGCCCCCGGAAACCACCCCCGUUCUCCAGAUGGAGAAGGCGGCGCCGCCGGCAAAACCGAGUCGGCCGAAAAAGCAGUUCAUCUGCAAGUUCUGCAACCGGCAGUUCACCAAAAGUUACAACCUGCUGAUCCACGAACGGACGCACACCGACGAGCGACCUUAUUCCUGCGACAUUUGCGGAAAGGCCUUCCGCAGGCAGGACCAUCUCAGGGACCACAGGUACAUCCACUCGAAGGAAAAACCUUUUCGGUGCUCGCAGUGCGGCAAAGGUUUCUGUCAGGCGCGCACUCUGGCCGUGCACCGCAUCUUGCACCAGGAAAGUGCGCCGCAUCGGUGCCCGGUGUGCGCCCGCGCCUUCAACCAGCGCUCCAACCUGAAAACGCACCUUCUCACGCACACCGACAUCAAACCCUACAGCUGCAGCCACUGCGGAAAAGUGUUCCGUCGAAAUUGCGACCUCCGAAGACACAGUCUGACGCACAACCUGUCGGCCCAGCAAAUCGGUUUCGACGAUUCGUCGCCGAAAUUAGCCGGGGGACCUUCCGCAGGGCCUGCUUUCAGCAUAGAGGCCAUCAUGAAGGCGGUUGCCAAAUGAAUCACUUUAUUCAAAGUAAGACAGUCAGUUCGUGCAGCGCGAUCUUUGAUUUCGAAAGUCCGAUUUCAGAGAGAGACAUGCAGUUGUGAUUUGUUUGUUUGCAGUGCGAUGUGGAGCAACGAACAACUUUUGUAUAUUUAUAAACGUUAGAGAAAAGUAUACUCGACUUUGAAUCUCAUUUUUGUACAGUGAAUGAAUGACGAAGCGAUAAUGAGGUCAGAAUUUGUUAUGAAAAAUGUUUUUAGAGAGGGCGCGGUGCGGUGUUUCCCAAAGGUUAAAGAUCAAUGAAUGAGACGAAGAGAAGCCCAACCCAAUUUACACGUGAAAAUCGGUGUUUUACGACCGGCGGAUGAUAAAUGUAAAUGAGUAUUGGAAAUAAUUUUUUUUAAAUAUAUAUGAAAAUCCCACGCGCAGAAACGGAUGUUGGGUAUGAUGAAGUGACCGUUGAUGCAAAACAUGUAAUUAAAUUUCAUUCGUAAAGAUCAAAUUACAAUAGAGAUUUGGCUGCUGGAAAUAUAUAAAAUUAAAUCAACAGAUUUGCAGAUGAAUUUAUUUGGAUUUAUCAUCAUGAGAAUAAGGACACUCAAUCUAUCUGCGAAAAAAUUCAAAAGGAUGACUCACAGUUGGAAACUGUAAAAUAUAAUAAAAUUGCCAGCAGAUUCUUUGAAAUGCAACAGACGCACGCUCUAUGUAGUUUUGCGUAUAAGUUUUAAGGUAGACCGUUUUUUAUUUGUAAUUGUGUACAAAGAGUCCUAUUGUAUAAAACUCGAGCGCGCGGAGUUCUCUCGUCUCGACGACCAGUCUGAUAUUCGGUGGUGCAUAUAUUUUUUAUAUUCCAGCGCGCAAUCACAAGCCGCUGCUUUAUGUUAAAAGCGCGAGAGGUGUGAAUGUUUAUUAUUGUGUAAUAAUAAAUACACGCUCCAACAAUCAUUUUGUAUUGAUCUCAAUUUAUUGCGCCUUUCAAAAAAACACAUCUAGAGAGUGGAGUUUUGGCGAGCUGGGUGGCCCGUCGCGGCCGCAGAAAAAGGUGACAAAAUCUACACUUUGCUUGGGGAUAAGAACAGGAUCAUCUCUGGUCAUAAUUUAUUUCGGUGAUGCCGCUUAGGAAAUCUACUAGUGGGAGGUCGACGGAAUGCCUUUUUUGU